GAAAAUUCAUUUUUCCCGCCAACAUAAAAAAUUAUGUUUUCUGUUAAAACCGAAAAUCUCAUUUUCCUUCCAAAACCGAAUUUUUUCACUUUUCAGCCAAAACCGAAAAAUAUUCUAUUAGGAUAAUUUUAAUGUAAACAUAUUUUAGACUAAAUAAUAACAGCCAAUAUAGUUAAACUUAAUAUCAAAUAUAUGAUUAAAUCAAAAUAAGGGUAUAUUAGUAAUGUGUUUAUUGAACUCAUCUGAAUGGAAAUAGAAAUAAAGAAACGAACAUAAAUCUAUCCAGAUGAUUCAUUAUAAUGAACCAUUUGGAUGGACAAACAAACAAUCUCACAAAAUAUGAAUAGAUCAUCUGGAUAGAUCAUACAAAUAAAUCGUCUGGAAGAUGAUAGAAUGUGAAACAAACAACCCUUAUACCAUUUUGGCAUAACCAUCUCCAUCCAGAUGGUUCAAUUUGGAGCAUCGAGCUAAUUUUCAAAAUUAAGUCUAAAUUUUAAAACUUAUUCAGAUGAGUCAUCUCGAUGACUUGUACUUUUAAGGUCUAAACAAACAAAAUUCACAUCUCUAUCCAGAUAAGCCUUGUGGAUGGAGAAACAAAUAACCCUAAAUGAACAAAAAUGAUUAUAGACAAGGAAUUAUUUUUUGAAAACAAAUAGGAAUUUUCGAUGAAUAAUUUUUGGAACGAUAAUUUAGUUUCAAUAGUUAGUUAACCAAAUAAAUAAAAUUUAAAAGAUCUUUUAUUUUUAAAUGAAUAAGUAAAUAUUUGUUAAAGCAAUAGUUUAAAAUGAUUUACUAAUCAAAAUAAAUUUCUAAUUUUUAUUGUUCUAUUUUAGUUUUGGUGAAGGCAAAAAUUGUUUAAAGUUUUUUUUUUACAAUAAUGAAUUUUGAGGAAUGAAAGAAAGAAAUAUGUGAAUAUUAAAAUUAUUUUUUAGAUGGUGUAAAUGUUGAAAACACCAUAUUUCGUAAUGCUUUCUUCUGAAUAUGUGAAAUUGAAGUCUAACUAAACCUAAAAACUGUAUACUUUUAUUUACUUUGUUUCCGGGGAGAAUUUCAUGUUUACCAUUUUCAUGGUAUCAUUAUUCAUCUUUACCAUCAGUAAAGAGAUACUUUUAAAAAUAUAUUUUUUAUUAAGUGACAAAAUACUCUUAUACUCUUGUUCUCUCUAUAUAUAACAAAUUAUUUAAAUAGAUAAAAAAAAAAUAUUUUUUAAAUGUUUUUGAAUUAUACUUUUUCAAAUUUGAAUUUUUAUAAUUUUUUUUUAUUUUUGAUAAUCAAAAAUUAUGUUUGAAACUUAUUUUUAAGUUUUUGAUAUAUUUUAAAUAUUUAUUUAUAUAUUUAUUAGAAUUCUAAAUUUCGCAUUUCUAAAACCUUACUCCACCCUCGAAUCUAAAUCUAAAUUUAAAGUGGUAUUAUAAAUGUGAUAUGUUUCUGAGCGUUAACAUUCAGAAUGUUGUAGUGAAAUACGAAAACUUUGGAAUGAAAUUACAGAAAAUUUUGAUAAAGUAAUGCAUUUUAACUAAGAUCAUAGUUCUUGUAUGUCGUACCGAAUUGUCAAAGUAAUCAAUUAACGUAAUAUCACAAACUAAACAUCAAAUAAAUACUAUAUUUACACAUUUCUGUCAAAAAAAACAUGAACUUAUUAAUCUAAACAACAUGUUAACUUGUGUUGACCGAGCCAAAUUAAAUAUAACGUUAGUCAACACUAAAUUUCAUUUGACCAACAUUUAUUUUUGCUAAAAAACAUGCAAUUUUCAUUGACCCAAAAUAUAAACUUAUUUUGGUUGAGAUAAAUUAUAUUUUUUGAGAUAAAUUAUAUAUAAACCAAAAAUCUGAACUAAAAAAAAAUUUAUAUUUUUGGAUCAGUGAAAAUUUCAUACUUUUUAGCAACAAAUAUGUAAGUUCAAUAUUUCUACGGUGAAUUUUGUUAGGUUUUUUAAACAAUGUGUGGAAUAUCCCCAAUUAAAGUCCAAAUUUGCUGAAUACCCAUAAUUAUGGAUAACCCAAAAAAGAGUAACCUUUUGACACUGUGCGGACGAAAAUGCCCUUAUGCUUUGUCGAAAACAUGUAACUCUAGAUCUAUCAGCUAAAUAUUUACAUAGCAGAUAACAAUCUACAUACCAACUAACAUAUUUGCUAAUAAUUUCGGUAUCAUCUAACAAUCUAUGUAUCAAACAAAUGUAUCGACUAACAAAUCAUAUAUCAGUUAAUGAAACUAUUAACAAUUAAUUAGUUAUCUAUUAAAUAGUUCCAAAUCUAUUUGUAACCGCUAACACUUCAUGUAUCGAUUAAGAAUCCAUUAAAAUCUAAAUAAUAGCAUGUAAGUAAUAAAAUAUCUACUAACAUAUAUAUUAUCUAAAAGUUAAUUGUGAUUCGAAAUUGGAAACAUUGGAAUUGGGGUGAGAUAAUAAGAUUAACAUUAUGGAUGUCAAAAGAAUCAGAAUAAAAAAAUAAAGAUUUAUGUUGAAUUAGAAGAUAAUUUGAAGAAUUUGUACGAGAGAUAAAGAGAUUAGAACACAUAAAAGGGAGAAGAGAGAGAUAGAGAUAAGAGUAUUAUAGUCAUUAAAAAUAUUAAAAAGAAACAAGGUUAUAUGAUAAAUUACAUGAGUUUCUGGGUGCAUCUACGCCAAUUACUUUUAAGUAUAACAUUGGUCAACACUAAAUUCCAUUUAACCAACAUUUAUUUUUGCUAAAAACGUGCAAUUUUCAUUGAUCUAAAAUAUAAAUUUAUUUUAGUUGAGAAAAAUUAUAUAUAAACCAAAAAUCCAAAAUCCGACCUGAAAACAAAUUUAUACUUUUUGGAUCAAUGAAAAGUUCAUAAUUUUUAACAAAAAUGUGUAGGUUCAAUAUUUUACGGUAAAUUUUGGUAUUUUGUAUUUUAGUAAAACAAUGUCAUUUUGGUUUCUGUUAAAAAAAAUAAACAUUGGUUAAGUGAUAAGUAAUCCUGACUAAACUUAUACCUCACUUGUCUCAGUCAACACAAGUUAACAUGUUUGGAGGAUUAAUGGAGAAUUUAUACUUUUUUGGCAAAAGUGGUCAAGUAUAGUAUUUUCUCUGUUCCGGAAAGUAAAUUUUUUUUGAAUUUUUUCUUGUUUCAUAAAAAUAGAUUUUCUAUAUUGUUAAGGUAUUUUUUAUGCUUUUAAGAAAUAUUAAUUGAAGAUAUUUGAAAUAAUUAAAUUUUAUUGGUGGAAAAUUAUUCAAAAGUCUAUAAUAAUAUAAAAUUAAAUUAGAUAAAAAAUAUUUAUUAAAUUUUUAAUAAACGUGAAUACUUUAGAAAAUCUUAAUUUCGGGAACGGAAGAAGUAUUUAUUUAUAAUUUUCUCCGAACUUUAUCCUAACAUUCUGCUAUUUAAGGAGUCAGAUUCUCUAAUCAUUUAUUUUUUGUAGUCAUCAUAAACACUCUCAGAGCUCGAGAGUGGAGACACGACACUAUUAGAGUGUGAAUGGUGAGGCAGAUCGUUAGCAGAUGUCCUGCACAUUAGUAUUUUUUGUACUGCCACAGCCAAUCACAGUUUUUAACUUUUCCAGAAAAGAAAAGCAGGAGACCUGCCCAAUGGUAACUUUUUUUGUCUUUAUCUAUGUAAAAGCAGAUGAUCUGCAUGUCCUUCUACCCUCUCAACUUUUGAUGCAGUUCACGGAUUCCACCAUUUUUUCAUCCAAUAGAAUUUUUUAAUAAAAUUAAAUUAAUUCUGAAAAUAUGAAUAAUUCACCACUUAUAAAUAAAGAGAGUAAGAACAUACGUAGUUUCAUACUUCUUCGAUUAAAAGAGGUUCUAGACAACCAAAAAAAUUAUGUACACUACCAUUCUUAGAAAAAAAAGUGUUGUAGUUCUUUUAUCCUAGUACUGUCGUAAGCUUCAUUCAUUCUUACAGUAAGUUUCAUUCAUAUAUAUUAAUUUGAUCACAUAUAUAAUACAUAUAUUAAUAAUUCAAAAUAUAGUAUAGUUAAUUAGAAAAAGAAUCUUGUGUUGUAGGGUGGGAGAUAAAAAAAGAAGGUGCAGUAACUUUGUGCUGUCUUGUGCCUCAAUCAUUAUUUUCAGCUUAAGGUAAUAAUAAUUUUUAAUUUAGUUUUAUUAUAUUUACGUAAUUAUAUAAAUAUAAAUAUAUAUAUACAUAUAUGUAUUAGUUUUUGUCAAAUAUAAUAUAUUAAAAUUGAAAAUAUAGUAUAUGAAAUUCGAAAACUCUAUAUGUCUGAUAUAAAUUUUAUAGUUUUUUGAACAUUUAUAUUUUAGAGUUUUAAUCUAUAAAAUAUGCAUGUAAAUAAAUAAUAAUUAUAAUUGAAAAUAUAGUAUAGUUAAUUGGAAAAAAUUCUUGUUUGUAAGGUGGAAGAUAAAAAAGGUGCUAUAACUUUGUGUUGUCUUGUGUUGUACCUCAAUCAUUACGAAUUACUAGUUCUCACACAUCCGGUAACCCAAAAAAAAUCCUUAGACAAUAAAAAUGAAACUCUCGUGUUGUGUUCUGUAUUAUGGAAAUUAAAACAAAAGUGCAGUAGUUUGUGUUGUGUGUACUGGUUAGGCUGUGUUGUGCAAUAUUCAUUUUGUCUAGCUUAAGGUUAUAUUAUCUUUUAUUUUCAUUUUGUUAAAUUGUAUCUAUUUAUUUAUAUUAGUUUCAAUUAUUAAUCGAAAAACUCUUGUGAUGUAGGGUGGAAGUUAAAAAAGACUGUCGUAGAUUUGUGCUAUCCUCUGCUAAUAGUGUUGUGCCUCAAUUCUCUCCAACAUAAGGUAAAUUACUUUUUAUUGUUAUUGUUAUUUAUAUUUAAUUAAUUAUAUUAAUUAUUUUUGUUCAAAUAUAAUAUAUCGUAAUAAGAAUAUUUAUUUGGAAAACUCUCUAUAUAUAUGAUACAUUUUGGUUUUUUUGAACGUUUUAUUUUAGAGUUUAAGCUAUAUUUUAUGCAUGUAAAAAAAUAAUAUAACUAUAUAUAUAUAUAUUAACUGAAAAGAGAAAAUGUGUCAUAUUUUAAUUCAACCUAUUAAAAAUUGAAAGUAUAUAUAAAAAGAGAGAUAUUUUGAAAAAUAUAUUUUCAAUGUAAAACAUAUACAUGUAAAUUAUUAGUAUAAUACUUUAUACUUGUAUCAAUUGGAAAAAGAUAUGUGUUACAUUUUAAUUCACAUAAAAUGUAAAACCGAAAAUAAAAAACAAAUAAAUAUAGAUGACAUUAUAAUUAUUUUUUUAGAAAGUAAUACAUUUAUUAUUAAGAUAUUAUUUCUAAAUUUAUCAGUCAUAAAUUAAUAUGAUUUUGUACGAAAAAAUGAUUUUGUAUUAUAAAAUCAAUAUAAACAUCUCCAUUUUUUUAAUAUAGAUUUUAUGGUUAAAUUUAAAUAUCAACUUGGAGAUCAUUUUAGGAAAUCAUGUGCUAUUCUUGAUUCCAACGGUCUUUGAUAUCUACCAAAAUCCACAUGCAUGUUACAACCAAAAUAUAUUUAAAAAAUAACAUAUCUAUAAUAUUUGUAAGCUAAAAACUACAUAAUCUUAUUAACAGGUAGAUAGGAUUGUAAAAUCAUUUAAACGAAAACCACCGGAGCUUUGGGAUGUGAUGCAACGAUGUUUCGUAUUAUACGACGUCCAAUCACAAUCUCAAUACUCCUUGCACCAAAGAAGAGAAGAGUUGCUGAAUGAUGGUCAAAAUAAUGAUGAAACUGAAACAUAUGGCGGUGAUAUGCAAGACACUCAGGUCCAGGAGACACAAGAAAGCGAAGAAGUCUAUCGCGUUAAUAUUGAUGAUGAAAUGCGUCAUUCAAAUCAGUUCACCCGUGAGAAUUUGCGUCAGAAUUCUUCACCAGCUGCUGAUCAUUUUCAGAUUCCUACUUCUAGAGUUCAACAACGAAGUGGACUAAGGCGUGGAAGUAGUUCACAAAGAGGUGCAGGAACCUCCCGGAUCGCUGCCAGGAGUGGAUCCCAAGGAAGUCGUAGAAAACAAUCAUUCGAGACAACUCUGACAGAUACGAUGACGGGUUUUAGAGAGUUUCAGCGCCAAAGUUUGCAACAACUACGUCCAAAUUCUUUUGAUGAAGAUGAUUACAAUGAAUUCGAUAAUGCGGUGAAGAUAUUCGAAUCAAUGGAUCUUCCAAAUGACACCAAUUUCUAUUGGGCGUGCAUUCAUGCAUUUAAAGAAGAAAGAUUUUGGCGUAAGUACUUUAUUGACAGAGCCGAAAGAACCACAGAAGAUAAGUUGAAGUUUUUACAAGCUCUUAGUGGAUAUACACCGGACGGCGAAUUCGUGGGAAAGCGGUUAGAAUCUGGCCAAAAGUUUGGUAGUCCAACUUGUGGGCAAUGGAAUUCUGGUUUUCAACAAUGGGGAACACCUCCAAGUGCCCCGCAAUGGGGAACACCGCCAAAUGCGCCGCAAUGGAGUUCACCUUCAAAUGCUCCGCAGUGGGGUCCACCGCCAAAUGCUCCACAAUGGGGUACACCGCCAAAUGUUCCGCAGUGGGGUACACAACCUUUUCCACAAUGGGGUGCGCCUCAAAAUUCUCAACAAUGGGGUUCAUCAACAAGUACUCAACAAUGGGGUCUUACAUCUGCUGUUCCUCAAUGGGGAUCAUCACCGACCACUCAUCAAUGGGGAUCAUCACAAGAUGCUCCACAAUAUAUUCCUCCGAGAAAUGUUCAACAUGGAUUUUCCCUAGAAACAGAAGUACAAACUACAACACGUGAAAAGGAAGUUCCUGUUUCCGAGAAUGUUAUCAGAGGAGUUUCACCAGAAUUCACAAACUAUGCUUCUACAAGUAAAGCAUCACGUCCACGAAGACGAGGAGGAUUAUUCAAUAUCUGGGGAACUGAACGAGGACUAAAUCUAAAUGAAACACAAGAAAGUGAUUCCACAUCGGAUAACUAGCUUAAUAAGAUUCGUGCUUUGUUUGUAGUCGUUGUGUUUUGUUUUAUAUUUUC